GAAGAGCUAUUUACCUGGGGACAGAGUGACAUAUUCUUGCAAAAAAGGAUUCACGAGGAUCGGCAGAGAAUAUAGGUCAUGCCAAACUAUUGGAAAAUGGCUUGGUUCAAUGCCCUUUUGCGAUACACCAAGUGGAGUGAAAAAUCCGAGAGCUUCCACCAUCUCCACCGAUCCCAAAAAAGGUGUCACGAAUUUGGUAGAUGGACUGACUGACACAUGCUACAGUUCUCGCAACAGCACUGGACAGACGUUGCAAGUGUUUCUGUAUGAAGUAAACGUUAUCACCGGCAUCCGUCUCUUCUUGCCAAAAGGUUCUAUGAAAUUUGAUAUUAAUACUUCGUACGGAGGAGCAUCAACGCAUUGCACAAGUUUUGAUAGAGAUUUGGAGGUGAGUCAAUGGAUCCAGCUAGAUUGUCAAGAUACGAUGAAGAGUGCAGAUUCCAUUAAGAUCUCCGAUACGUCACCAAGAUCAAAUGUUCUGAAUGUCUGCGAGAUUGAAGUAUAUGUGAAAGAUGAUGUUUGGUGCAAGAAUCCACCAGAGAUAUUCAUCCCCAAUGGACAUCUUGAAGUGAGCAGAGAAAAAGCUAGUCUUCGAUGCAAUUCCGGAUACAGCGAGGGUGAAAACACGCGCCUUGUAUGUGACAAGAACAACAACUGGGCAGGACCCAAUCUUCAAUGCAACGAGAUUUUCUGCGAUCUAUCGUAUGGAAACUCUUCUGGAUUUGAAUGGCGCCUUCAAGGAAAUAAACCAUCUGUUGGUUCUCGAAGGGUGCUGCAGUGCCAGAAACCAGAUUUCACCAUGACUGGUCAGCCUGAUAGUGUUACGUGCCAGAAAGAUGGCACUUGGACACCUACGGAUGCCAAGUGCGUUCGUAAAGAAGUAGAAAAAAAUGUUCUGAAAAUCGUGGGUAAGUUGGCACUAUUUUAUAAUCAUUGA